AUGGUCGACUGGAGAAAUAAGGUUUUAUGGCAAGAGAAGGAGCACGACUCCCUGUCGGAACUCGUCAAAGAAGCCAAGGAACGCAACAAACGAGUAAAAGACGAUCUAACUCCUAUUAAGCCAUAUUUCGAGGUCCAAGCUGAAUAUGAGGCUCUGAAGGAACGUGACAAGCAACUGACCGCAGCUAUUAAAGCCAACAAUGUGAAGAAGAAU